UAUUUUUGAAAUUACGGGUUAGAAUCUUAUGAAAUGUUCAAAAGUAGUGUAAAAAUGUAAAUCAGCAUCAACAAUCAGUAAAAGUAAAAGUAAGUUACACAUUUUUUUAAAGAAUUUACUAUUAUUGGAAUUGGAUCAUAAGGUCCUGAGCAAUGGCCUAACUCUACACCAUCCGAGGUCCGUUGGAUGGGGCCCCGGGAUCUGGAAUAGGCCACUCAAAUAUGAUAUUAGAAGUAGAACAUGAAAACACAAGUCGCAACACUUCAAUUCGACUUUGUACUUGUUGUGAAUAGAUUCUUAAGGUUAUGAACCAAAAGAAACGCAGUUGCAUUUAAUAUGUUUAAUAGAAUUCCAGGUACUGGCAGUAGAUCUGGAACUCAUUGACUGCGGCAUCGACCACGAGGCCGAGGUGACGGAGGGAGACGUCGACAUAGAGCAGUACCCCUGGCUGGGGGUGCUGUAUUAUUCCUUUUAUAGUGGCGACAGCGAUGCUCGCGCAGUGACGACCGUAGCUCUGAUACAGGCGGAGUUUGUGAUCGCGGCAGCCGCUGACAUUGGGCCUAUGCGCAAAAGUAAUUUCAGACAGAACAGCGCCGUGUUGCUGGGCGCGCGGUGGGGCGCGGGCGGGCGGCGCGUGCGCAACUACGUGCUGCACCCCGAGUACGGCGUCACGUACAACACGCUGGCGCUGGUGCAGCUGCGCACGCCUGUGAGACACGUAAAUAUUAAACCACUGUGUCCACCACCGGAGAGAUUGAGGAAUCCAGAAUUUUACGUUGUAAAAUUCAAGGAGAAUGAAGAUUACAAUACCCUGCAUAAACAGGUAAUUCCCGUAAGUCACGUAAUGCCGAAUAUGUGUCAAGAGUUCUAUCUUCGUGCUAAUCUGUACGCAAAGAAAAUGCGUCCGCCGCACGUGACGUGCGCGGUGUCGCUGCGGCACGACGGCGUGUGCGUGUGGGACGCGGGCGCGGCGCUCGUCGCGCGGGACGUGUGGGGGCGCUGGCAGCUGUUAGGAAUGUCGGUCCGCGGGCCGGGCUGCGGCGCGCCGUCGCGUUACCUCGACAUGAUGAGCUACUACCCGUGGGUGGAGGCCAGCCUUAAGCAAUUCCGUCGCAUUACUAUCUCCAAAAUAUCCAAGCAGAAGUAUAUUAUGCGAUUGGGCCACGCCUGGCAGCGGUUCGGCGACUGCGACGAAGGGGAGAGGGUGAACCUCAUAUACCGCGAAGCGAUCGCGCUGAGCACCGACAACACGCAGUACCAGUUCGUCGUGUACAAUAUGUCAAUCUACGACAACGUGGAGUUCACCUGCCUCACGCUGGAGCUGACGAACGCGUCCGCCACGUCCGAGAUGCGCGUGCACCACGCGUGCGAGCGCAACGCGUACGGAGUGCCCUGCUACAGUUACAAAGGGUCCAAGUUUGAGAUAUCUGUGUGGAUGAUGUUCUCGGAGCCGUGCAGCUUCCAGAUGUUCGCGUGGGGCUGGCCGCGGAAUAUGACGCUGCUCGACAUCCAGGAGUGGAAGUGGGAGGAGGGCACCCAUUACCCCGACUUCGAAGCCAGCGCCGUAGAGUACAGAGGUCCGGUGCACGAGACGCUGUUCGGCUACGAGCCGCUGGACGAGGCGCUGUGGGUGCCGAAGUACGAGCUGUGGACCGUCACGCCGCCGCCCGACCACGACGCCACCACCACCAGGAAACUCAGAGAUGCGUACGAUGUGCCAAAGAGGGAGCCCGAAGAGUCUCCCGGCGUGACCCUCACUCCUCCGCCCUCAUGGUGUUGAUGACCUCAGCCGACCAUCACUUGACUCGACGACACAUCACAAAUAGUAGCAGAGCUUUUUGUGGGAAGUGUUCUUACAAGGAAGUACUACGGCCAUGCAUUUGACAAUCUCUAACGCAGUAGUAUUGUUGUUCCCGACAUAGACCAUGGGUUAGAUUAGCCCAGACCCAGCUCGGGUCAAUAGGGUAGUUGAAUUUAAUGUAUACAAUAUUAAUUCCGUGUUCAUGGAAUAAGGGUCCAAAAUAUAUCGAUAAUAGUUAAGGAUUUUAUAGAAAACUUAAUUUAAAAAAUAAUUAUGUAUUUAAUAAAUUUUUCUAAACAUCAA